GGCAACAUACACACACGGGCGUACGGGCUACGCGCAUGCUCCGUGCGGGAACACAGCCCUGUCAAGGUUAACGGUUCAGUUACCGUGGACAAGAAAAAGUUUAAAGAUGGAUAAUAAUGAAGGAACAGGAAAUAAAUUUGUAACUUUAUGUUAUUAAUUGCAUGAAAAUUAAAUGUUUUGUAUUUGGAAUAUGAAUUAUACUUGGGAUUAUUUAUCUAUAAAAUGGACAAAGAUAUAUUAAAUAUAGAAGACAGUAAGAGUAUAGCGUGACGGCAAAAGAUGGAGAAGAAGAAACGUACGUUUUGGAAAAAAAUAAUUUGGAUAGCUGCGAUUAUUGAAUUUGCGAUGUUCACCAGGGCAACAAAUAUAACUACACUUCCACCGCAGGUAACAGAAGAUAAUCAAAGUGAAGGUUACGCAUGGAGUUCUUGGGGCAGUUGGAGUCCGUGUUCCAGGAGUUGCGGUGGUGGAGUGGCAGUCCAGGAGCGCCAGUGUUUACCAAGAUCAAAUAAAUUAGCACCAAACACUACUUUGGAACCACCAAUAAUAACUGUGAGAAUCACAAGGGAGGCACAGACUGACUGUUUGGGAGUUGACAAGAGAUAUCACGAGUGCAAUACCGUUCCAUGUAAGGGUGGUGUUCGAGAUAUGCGCUCCGAACAGUGUUCAAAUUACGAUAGCAGACCGUUUCGUGGAAGAUUCUACACUUGGGUUCCGUACAUUGACGGUGACUCUCCUUGUACACUAAACUGCAGACCUCUCGGUCAACACUUCUACGCAUCACUAGCACUGGUUGCAGAUGGAACGCCAUGCACGCGACCUGGAUUCAGAGCUAUAUGUGUGCAAGGAGCUUGUAAGGUCGUGGGGCGGGAAUCAGUGUUGGCAGCUUUUGGUGCAGUUGAUGUGCGAUGCGGUCGACGGUUAAUAUCGGGUCUGUUCACCCGUCCGCGGCUACCACUCGGAUACUCGUACGUGACCACGAUACCGCGUGGCGCCUGCCGCCUCAACAUCUCAGAGAUACUGCCCAGCGAGAACUAUAUCGCAUUGAAGAUAUCAAAUGGUUCAUACAUAAUGAACGGGGAGUUUGCUGUAAGUGCACCGGGAAGAUACGACGCGGCUGGCACGAGAUUCCUAUAUACGCGAGCUAUUGGACUUGACAGUGUAUUCGCUCUUGGCCCUACGCUGCAACCAAUAGAUAUAAUGAUAUUAUACACUCAACCAAAUCCAAGUAUAAAAUAUGAGUACUUUAUUGAGUCAAAGCCAGGAGACAUCGAUAUAGAAACAGCAACACGAACCGACCUUCCUGAAAUCGUACCACCAAUUCCUACUAAACACAGUAGAAGACACCACGGUUUCGAACGUUCACGACCUAACUUUUCAAAGUAUCCAGAUUUAACAAGUAUGUCAAAGGAAGAAGAUGAUGAUAUAAAAGAAAAUAUUGUAGGAACUAGGAGAUUUAUCUGGAAGAUACUAUCAUAUACACAGUGUUCUAGAACAUGCGGCGGUGGACUUCAGCUAGGUAAAUACCGCUGCGUAGAGAUCUCUGCGGGCACCGACAGAGAAGUAUCUUCAGUACAUUGUUCUGGCCCAACCCCAGCUGGUCGUAGACGACGUUGCGGCAAUAUUCCCUGUGAGCCCAAGUGGAGAGCUGCAGCAUGGUCUACGUGUCCUAAAUGCGGGCCUGCUCUUCGAACAAGGAUAGUCGGAUGUGUGCAAGAUCAUUGGAGGGGAAUAACUAAAGUGAGUGAUACAAAAUGCAGUGGUCUGAAGCCACCUACCACAGAACCAUGUAACAUACCAGAUUGUUUGCCUUCUACAUCAGAUAUAACUUUUAAGAGCAAAUCUGCUUUAUUACCGAGAGAGAACACAGAUGCUUUCCGAGAUGGUCCGGUAUAUACCGUUGCUGCGAAUAGUACAGAUAUUGAUAUUGGACCAGAGUACACCUUUAAUGCUGCCGCUGGGUGGCUUUAUACUGAUUGGACAGAGUGUGUUGGCUGGUGCGUGGGUGGCGGAGUGCAGACUCGCGGUAUUCGCUGCGCGGAUCCAUCGGGCUGCGCACCAAGGAAGGCACCUGAGUCUUCACGUCCAUGCACACCUAAACAAAUUUGCGAUUCUCAUGAUGCACAAUGGUUUACAGGAGAAUGGUCGCCUUGUUCAUCUCCAUGCAAGGGAAGGCAAAUACGAGGCGUUCUCUGUAUUGGCGGCAGUGGAAGACAUCUUCGUGACAUUGCGUGCAAAGGUCCCAAACCUGAUCACGAGCGAGUCUGUGGGGAAGACUGCUCCGCGACUUGGUAUUUCAGUGAUUGGGGUCAGUGUACGAGCAAUUGUACAAUUGGGAUAGGAACUCAAAAGCGUAGUGUAGUGUGCACACGGGAUCCGGAUCGUAUUGACAAUGGUACAGAUGCGAGCAACGAGUCUGAAUGUUCAGGUCCUAAGCCAGUCGCGCAACGGGAAUGUGCGCCUCGAUGCCCAUCGAUUGUUACAUUACCAUCAGAUAUUUCAUUUGAGUCUCAACGAACGUCGAAUUUAUCUCAAAGAACUCCAGAUCUGGAAACAACCACAUUUAGAACUUUCAUCAGAGAAGUACCUAAAGAGUGCGAGGAUAAACUGUACAACUGCGCUUUGGCUGUACAAGCGCGACUCUGCCAUUAUAACUACUACAUACAGAACUGCUGCAAUUCUUGUACUGGACGCUAAAUUGUAUUAAUUAUAUAAGUAUAUAUGUAUAUAGGGUAAAAUUGAAGUCAUUAGUAUUUUAUUGAUAGACUGCUAUAUACCCCUACACAUGGUGUCUGGCUAUCAAGUUAUUGUGAUAGGCUUUCUUUCAACCCUACCUUUGUAAAAUGUUUAGUUUCAUAAUAAAAAUUGUUUAUUUGCUGAAAUAUGGAUAUUACAGGUGAAUUUAAUUGGUAAUAAAGACACUUAUUAUUAGUGGAAAAAAGAAAAAAAAUAUCGCAUUUUUUAAAGAAAUCGCUAUUUUAAGGCAGCGAAUGUGUUGAAUGGUGGUACAUAUUAGGUGAUUACACCUUUAUAUCCUACCAUAUAUGGCGUACAAAUCUAUUUUUAAUACAAAUAUUUGUCUAAUUAUGUUAUUAAUACAGUCAUUACAAUUGAUUGAAUACAAUGCCACAAUGCAAUUUAAAUACUCUUGUCUCAUGAAAAUACAAUGCAGUCAUUUAUCGUUUGUUUAAUUUUUGAAACAAUUUUACAUAUAUUCGUCUAUAAUGUAGUGUGCAUUGUCAAGUACAAACUUUUUAGUUUUACUUGUAGAUGUAAUGAUUUCAAUUUCAACCUAUAUGUUUUAAUAAUAUACAAUUUCAUUGUAAAUUUAUUUAUACGCUGUAGAAAUAUCUUAUACAGUUUUGUAUAACUUUUAUUUCUUUUAAAAAGACAUAAACAUGUUUUAAUAGUGUUGUUAUUGUAUUACUUUCAUUAUUCUCUGUAUGUUUCAUUCUUAGUCACUAAUUGGUAAUCUGUUUUUAUUUAGGUACUAUAAGAAAAAAAUAUGUUAUAAAAGUAGCGUUGUUUGGGUGUUUUUGGUUGCUUCAUUUCAGAUGAGCAGCUGUCUAUCACAAAGCUCAGUGAUAUAGAAAUCUUCUAAUCUAAUCUCUUUGCGUCAUCUAUGAUAAUCGUGUGAAUUCAACGUAAAAUCAUUUCCGUGGCGAUAUAACACAAUAUUGGCACCGCUAAAUCAAGCUAACCCAAGCCAAUAUACGCUUGGGAUUGUGUGUCAAAUUCGUAUAAAUAUAGAAUAUUGCUUAUAGUCUACGGUUCACGGAUAUUUAUCUUUUAUGACAUAAAAUUUAAAACAUGAAAAAGCAUAUGGAUUUAUUGUAUUAGAUACACCUAAUAUUAUAAAAAAUAAUAAGUCCUGCCGGAUGCAACUUAUGAUUUUCAGAUCUUGAGUAGUGAAUCAUAUAAGUACAAUAGUUGUAUCUUUUUGAGGAAUUUCUUAUGAUAAUUUAAAUUAAAUACUAUUUGAGUUCAUAAUUAUGAAUUUUUACUAUAUACUUAUAUUGUACAUAUUUAUAUACUCAUACCGUAGAUAUGUAUAUGUUUAAACAAAUAAACAGUGUAAGUUAGGAAGGAAUAAUUUUUUUACAUUGUUCUUGUAAACAUUUCUUUUCUUUCUUCUUCUUUUUAUUCGUUAUUAUUUAUAAAGGAAAUAAAUAUGAAUGGAGAUACUUACGUAAAUUCGUAAUAAUUUAUCGAUGAAUACGUUUUCAUUUGUAUACUCAUGAGAAAGAAUAAGACGCCUAACGUUACCGUCUUAUUUAGAACGAGCCGUAGCAAAAACGUGUUUAUCGAUAAAUUGGUUUGUUUAAUUUUUUGUCUACGAGAGCGUCUAAUAGUGUUGUGACAAAAUAAUAACGCAUUUAUAGAAACAAGUCAAAAUUAUAGAUAACUCAGAAUAUUUAUGUAUAGAUGAGUCUGAAUUAAACUGUAUACAGUAUUAUUUAUAUUAUACUGUUUUUAUAAUAAACAGUUAAAUUAAUAACAGUAAGUUUAGUUAGUAAGUAAUAAAAUUAAAAAUAAUAUAUUAGUUGUAUCACACAGAUAUGAACGAGAAUAGAUGAAGCAAGUACCUAUACUUACUUGCAAUUAUGGUUCGAAGUACUUAAGUGAAUUUAAGUAACCUAGUGAAAAACGGUGGUUUUGUGUAAUUAAAACAUCAUUCAUAAAUAACUAGAUUAAAAGUCAUUUUGUAAUGUUUAUUUAGUAUAUGACAAGGACAAACAUAUUUUAAUAGUAAUGUUAAACAAGAAAAGCGACAAGUAUCAUCCGAGCGUAUAAGCACUUGAGUGUAGUUUUAGUGAGAGGACGUUUUUGGACGCUAGAUCUAGAAUCACCUUAUAAAUCUAAGCAAACAAUGUCCCAAAAUUGACUAGUAUGUGAAGAACCAACUUAAUUUAGAUAGCGAUGCUAACGCUAACAAAAAAGAAUAAAAGAA